GAGGGAGGCAGUAGGCGGCGCCCGGCGGCCGCUGGAGCCGGGAUAUGGGGCGGCCCAGGCCCCACUGAGAUUCAGCCCGGGGCACCGGGACCGGCAGGUAGUCGUGCCCGGCGGGCGUCGUGUGAUAGGCCCUGGGUGCUACUGGGACGGCCUAUCAUGACUGUGAGAUUCAGUCUCUGAAGGAGUAGGUGCUCUUUGUUGCCAUGACGACAGGCGACUGCUGCCACCUACCUGGCUCAUUGUGUGACUGUCCAGGAAGUGCUGCUUUGUCUAAGUCAGUGGAGGACUCCGACAUCGGGCAACCACAGUAUGUCACCCAAGUGACUGCAAAAGAUGGCCGGCUGCUCUCAACAGUGAUCAAAGCACUGGGAGCACAAAGUGAUGGUCCCAUCUGUCGAAUCUGCCAUGAAGGUGGAAAUGGGGAGGGGCUGCUUUCUCCCUGCGACUGCACAGGAACACUGGGGACCGUGCACAAGAGCUGCCUGGAAAAAUGGCUCUCCUCCUCCAACACUAGUUACUGUGAGCUCUGCCACACUGAGUUUGUCGUAGAGAGAAGACCAAGGCCCCUCACAGAGUGGCUGAAGGAUCCUGGCCCUCGUAAUGAGAAGAGGACCCUCUUCUGUGACAUGGUGUGUUUUCUGUUCAUUACUCCCCUGGCGGCAAUCUCGGGCUGGCUGUGUCUUCGUGGUGCCCAGGAUCACUUGCAAUUCAACAGCCGGCUGGAAGCCAUCGGACUGAUAGCACUUACUAUUGCACUUUUUACUAUCUACGUCCUUUGGACACUGGUUUCAUUCCGUUAUCAUUGCCAGCUGUAUUCAGAGUGGAGAAGGACCAAUCAGAAAGUCCGCUUAAUGAUUCCGGACUCCAAGAACUCUCAUCCUGUCCAGCAUUCCCUGCUCUCCACCAAGCUCAUGAAGAAGAAUGCAGAUGAAACAACUGUGUGAGUUAUCCCAUGCCAGGUAUCCUCCGAAUGGGGCAGCUGUGAGCAAGGAGAGGACGAGAGCGGCUUUUGCAGGAAUGUCGGCAGAGAAGCGGAUUGAAUCUUUUUCUGUGGACAAGAUGUGUGGAAGCUGCAGCGACCUGGCAAAACAGUCAUCCCAACCAAAGGGACUUUGCACUCAGCGAGUACAGUACUUUAGUUUGAGGCAAACAAACAGAUGAUAAACAUUUGGCUGUGUGAGAUGGCCCCAAAGGGCUGAGUCCACAGAGACAGAAAGCCAUAUGUGUUUAUCUGCCAGAAUUCUUUCUUAAAACUAAAUACGUUAUGUGGAAAAAAUCCCUCUAUAUAGCUAUAUAUAAAUAUUAUUUUUAAUGGCCAUGCAUAUUGUGUUUCAGUCCUUUUUUGUGUUGAUAUAGACAUUGUUCUAAGCUUCAGUAUAGAAGCUGGCAGCCUGAUCUCACUCAGAGGUUGAAUCUGGGCUGUUUCUCAAGAUGAGCAUAUAAAGAACACUUCUCACUGGACAUUGCUAAAAGUUCCCGUCUCCUUUGCACUACAUGGAUUUUGAGAUCAUCGCAGCAGGUUUUCUCCUUUGUUUUCUGUAGUGGUGGUGUUGUCCUUUUGACAAGGUUGUGUGUGCUUUUAAUAAUUAUUAUAAUCCCAGAAGGAGUAAAAUGACAUAAUACUGAAUGGAGACAUUUUGUAUUGUAAAAUACUGUAAUCUUGAAAAUUUCACAAUCUUUCAGAAUAUGAAAACUCUCACUUGAAGCUGUGAGCUCAUAAAAUAUGAAAUUAUCACUUUAUCCCUAGGACUCUGCUGUGUUCAGCUGUUGGUAUAAUAUUAUUCCCGCUAAAAAUAACACAGUGAUUGACUCUAGGUGCUAAGAGGAUAUGAUCCUAAAAAUUACUGCAUGGGCCAGAGACAGCCCCUUAUUUGCUUAAAACUGCUAAAGGCUAAGAGAGGAGCUGUCGCCACCCCCAAAAGAGCAGAGUUGGGUUCUCAUUGGCUAAUGUAUCCUGUUCAUGUUCCCUAAGAUCAACAUGUACCCUGCUAGAAGUCGGAGAUACACUACCAUUAGCUCCUGCAUGUACCUUACUGGACACGUUCAUGUUCUGCAGCCCGAGCAGCAGGUUGGGAAAGCCUUAGGACUCCCUGCAUAGUGACCUUCUGUACACACAGCCCCUGGUGCUGCUAUUUGGAGAGUAACUGAAAUCGCUGCCUGGACCAUUGGUGGCCCUAACACAGGUAUUUUCCUGGGUUUUCAGGGCUGAAUGGCCUCCUGGGUCACUCUCUAGUCCAUGGGUCUAGGGCUCUUGUUGCCACCUGGUGCAUCCAGUUGCCUCUGCAAUAAGCUUAGCAAAUGGCCCUUGACACCUUGCAGUGGAAGAUCUGCCAAGGGAUUUCCAGCAACUCUUCCUUAAUAGCUAGUGUAAAAGUUCCUCUUCCUGGCUUUGGCCUUCAGUCCUUGCCUCAUCCUCUUCCAUCCCCCACUUCUGUGACCCUCAAAUAAUCCCUCCUCUAUUUAAUAUUCUACUGUACACAGUGCUUUGCUUCCACAUCCCAGAACAGAUCUAGUCGGCAGGUGUUCUGUAACCAUGGUCUAGGCGAAUGCAGCCUUGGCAAGUGCUCUAAUUAUAGAGAGCUAUUUUGGAGAGCAAUAUUCUGAGAUCCAAAUACUGCAACUAUUAAGGGAAAUAACAAAGAGUAGGCAGGCUUGAAUUGUAGCCCUAUACUUGCAUCCAUGCACCAUGAUUCUGGGACUCGAGUCGCUGAACCCAGAGAUGGGAUUUAGCUGGGAUAGCAGAGUUCUGGGCCUUAGCCCCGUAGUUCCCAAAUUGCUGGUUUCUAAAUCCAACCUCCCCUUUUCCGUGUUCUCGCAUGCCUGGCUGAGCUGGAUCCUUUCGCCAGAGCGGCCCCUCUCCCCUCCCUUUCGGUUUGGAUCAAAUUAAAGAAAUCCUUGAUAGGCAAUGCUGGCCUGACUGACCAUGCGAAAUGCUCAGCUCUCUACUGGAGUCGAUGGUUCCAUGUGGCCAGAGCGUUGCUGUGUGGCAGGCUUCCCUCCUGUGUCUGCCUUGCACUAUUCAUUUGUGAUUGGGCAAUAGGUUGCUGUGGAACGUCUUUCACUCUUUUCUCCGAGGGUUCUGUGCGGGUUUGUUCAUGUUCCCAUCACUGAUUGAGGGAAAGUCUCUUCUCUUGUCUGAUAGCUGAGCAAGUGUGCCUUGUUCCUGGGUACCUGGGACAAUAGUUCUCUCCUUUGUCACAUCCAUACAGGACAGAGGGUUUGCUCCCAUCUUCCCACUGCUGCCUUUCUUCCCAACUUCCUGGGAAGGCCCUUGUCUCUUCCCUUCUGCUGGUUACCCUUCAUUCUAGGAGCAGCCUUCCCUUACCCCUUCAGUUCAAUCUAGACUCUCCAAGGAGGCUGGCAUCCCCUACUGAAUUCCUUCCAGCCCUGUGAGACAUGAAAGGUUUCAGGGUAGCAGCCGUGUUAGUCUGUAUCGGCAAAAAGAACAGGAGUACUUGUGGCACCUUAGAGACUAACAAAUUUAUUAGAGCAUAAGCUUUCGUGGGCUACAGCCCACUUCUUCGGAUGCACUCUAUAUGCACUCCUUUUCUUUGUGAGACAUGAAAGGCUCCUUCAGCAGAGGUGCAAUCUGAGGGACCAGUGGGUGGCUGCACAACAGUAAUCAAAAUCCCGUUAGCGUUUGUGUGAAAUCACGAGGAGCCCAUUCAGACUCCUGGCAGCUCCUGAAUGCAGCUGCAGGCUGCGCCACAGGUUUGGCCAGGUCUCUCUAGUGCUUUCCAAGAGCCACCGGAACUCCCUGACACUGGCUGCUGGGUUCUUGGAAAAGCACAGCCACACUUCCAGGCUUAACUGCUCUUAAGUACAAGCUGCCGCCCACUCCUUGCUGUUUUCUGCAUUUGUGUGUCGCACAUGCUGCUCCAUUCCUCCCCGGGAUGUGAGAUCUGGUUACAGCCAUUCACUGUGAAGACACCCAUGUCUUGGGUGCAUUUUUCUCCAAAUGUGUUCCCUUUUCUUUGACCUCCCCAGAUCCAACCAGCCCCUGGGAGGUGGGUCCUAUGACACAUCUAGCACAGACCUAAGUCUCAAAAUUCAGCCCAUAGUCAUGUGCAGUCAUGAUAAUAGUAAUGACUGUAAUGUAACCAGUCUUUCAAAUAGAAACCCAGCGUUGAUACAAAUCUGCAACUGUGAAACCUGGGAGUCCCUCUCUCAGGUGAUAGGGGUGGCUGAUCCUCUCCCAUGGCAGUGUAGCUUUAUUUUCUCUCUGCAUCCUUGUAUUUAUAAUACUUUCCAAGUAAUCUGAGUUGUUGCAUGUGCCCCUGUAAAAUGGUGUUACCCACUUUUGAAUCCUCUAGGGCCUCCUCCUUCCCAGCGGAGACAUUUAGCUCUUGUGGAGUCUGGAAAAUCAGCGUCUCUGCUCUCGCACAUUCUCGUGUCCCGGAGGAAAUACACCGUGUGAUUAUGUAAAUAAAAGUGAAACAACUUU